AUGGGUCUCAAAGAUACGCUCGGGAACAUCUGGAGGACGCAACGUCCGUUCACCACCCGCCUAGUGGGCCAGAACACUUUCCAAUUUGUCUUUCAAUCUGAAGAAGACAAGCAGAAAAUUUUAACAGGUAAAUCGUGGAGCUUUGACGGGCAGUACAUCCUUCUAAAGGAAUGGUCAUCUACAAGUAUUCAGUGGAACGAGGAGGAACAAAUCGAUCUAUGGGUCCAAAUCCAUGGGUUGCCUCUGCACUGGAUCUCGGCUGACACGGGGAUGAAAAUAGGCAAAAUGUUCGGAAAAGUUUAUGACGUCUUUGUGCCUGAAUCGGGAAGCAUCUCUGGUCGCUGGUUAAAAAUCCUAGUUAGCGUCAAUCUCAAAGAGCCAUUGUUAAGGGGUGCAAAAAUAAAGGUGGGCCAGGAAUCAGUAUGGGUGAGCUUUAGAUACGAAAACCUCCAAGCAUUUUGCUAUUACUGUGGAAGAAUCGGCCACAGCGAGAGAAACUGUUGCCACAAGAGAGAGGAUAUUAAGAACAACAAGCACCAUCCUGGACAGUAUGGGGAAUGGAUCAAAGCAAGUUCAGGCAGCUUCCACUGGUCCAGAGUCUUUAAUCAAUCCAACGAAGACUUGACAAAAACUACCAGUCCAGUGAUAACUCAAACAAUCAUACUGACCCUAUGCCAAUCGAGUUCUCAACUCCUCCGAACCAAAUCAUCCUAA